AUGAAGCAUCAUUUGAUGGUCGGUACCUGGACCGCCCCCGGGCGCAUCUAUACCGUGCAAUUUGACGAUGAUGCCCUCACGCUAGAAUUGGUCAAAAAGACCGAGAUCCCAGAAGCGGAACCAAUCUCAUGGAUGACAUUUUCUCACGAUAAGAAGGCGAUAUAUGGCGCAGCUAUGAAGAAGUGGAACAGUUUCGCCGUCAAUAGCCCGACAGAGAUCGUUCACCAAGUGUCGCACCCAGUUGCUGGUCACCCUCUGGCUCCCAGCAGCGAAACCAACACUCGUGCUAUCUUCGUGCUUGCCGCCCACAAGCCUCCCUACAAUGUUUACGGCAACCCUUUCUACAACCACGCCGGUUACGGCAAUGUGUUUUCCGUGAAGCCCGACGGAGGUCUGGAUCGCAACAUCCAGAACUACGAAUAUCUUCCUAACACAGGUAUCCAUGGCAUGGUGUUCGACCCCACGGAGACAUACUUGUACUCCGCCGAUCUCACAGCCAACAAGAUUUGGACGCACAUCAAGGAUCCAAAGACGGGCGAAUUGGCACUGGUGGAUUGCCUCGACGCUCCUGAUGCGGGCGACCACCCCCGCUGGGUUGAGAUGCACCCGAGCGGCAAGUACCUAUACGCGCUGAUGGAGGCGGGCAAUCGACUGGCAGUCUACGUGAUCGAUGAGCGCACCCACAAGCCAGUAUUCACUCACAUCACGUACCCGUUACUGCCUUCCGGCCUUCCCCCGCGCAACAAGUAUCGCGGAGAUGUGACUUUUUGCACCAAGGGUGGAGAAUACCUUUUCGCCACUACUCGCUCAAACCAUUUCGACGUGACUGGCUAUAUCACUGCGUUCAAGCUCGGCCCACAUGGUGAGAUCGAGCGCCAGCUCUUCAUCAACCCUACCUCGACCAGCGGUGGUCACUCCAACGCCGUCAGCCCCUGUGACUUCAGUGAUGAGUGGCUUGCACUAUGUGAUGACCAGCUUGGAUUUGUUGAGAUGUACCGCUGGCGUGACGAGAAGCUGGCACGCGUCGCGCGUGUGGAUAUCCCCGAGCAAGGAUUUGUCUUCAUUAUGCCUACUCCAGGUCUUCUCUAUGUGACAAUGCAGCCGAAGGGCUCGCUGCCGGACACCCAGUUCCACGACUGGUACAAUACUGAACAUGGACCUCUGCGUCUGCGAUUGCCCUUUGUCACUAAUGGCUUUCGCUUCCGUGCCACCGAUGGAGAGCAGCCUGAAUAUGUGGCUUUGUACGAUAUUACCGACAUGGACGAGUUGACCCGCAAGACCUACUUGGAUCUAAGAACCGAUUUGAUUAAGACUGAGCGGGAGAAGAAAACCAUGGCCCAAAUCGAUGUCGGCCGUUUACUGUACGAUCUAGUCGAUGAGCGCACCAGCCCCAACUUCCGCCCGCUAGAAGAUCAAGCCGAUACAGAUGCCGAGACCCCGGGUAGCGUCCUUAUCGCCGUCCGAGUUGCCACUCACCCAGACCCCGCCAAACAAGCCGACCUGGACAAAUGGUACCGGGAGGAACAUUUCGAGAUGCUCUCCCGUGUGCCUGGAUGGCGCCGGAGUCGCCGUUUUGUCACAGCGGCGAUCGAUCCCGCCGCCCCGCGCGAAUCGCUGGCUCUCCACGAGUAUGCCCCCGUUAAUGGCCUUGGAGGCGAUGCCCACAAGGCCGCCAUGAAUACGCCGUGGGGUGCGCGUCUCAUGAGCGAGGUGGUCACCUCUAAGAAGCGUCGCGUAUAUGAGUGGUACUACACCUUCGGCCCUGCUCCCCGUGAACUCACUGCGCUAGCUGCCCCGGAUGUCGUUGGGCCCUGGAACUCAAAUGAUGGCCGUACUCGCACAUUUCCCUCGGCCACCCGCCCGGCUGUCGAGUCGUUCGUCACUACUUCUGAUGGUGUUGAAAUACCGUACCGCCUGGAGGGUAGCACGGACCCCUACGCGCCUGUCGUCGUUCUGAGCAACUCCAUCCUGGUCAACUGGAACAUCUGGGAUCGUUUUGUGGACGCCUUCUUUGCUCAUCAGCAGAACCAGCGUUACCGUGUCGUGCGCUAUUUGACUCGAGGCCGACACUCCCAAAGUGGCCUUGCGUGUGCCUCCAAGGCCGCUCGUUUGAUCGGUGUCAGUCUGGGUGGUGUGACCGUUUUGAACACUGCUCUUCUGCACCCGGAGCGGGUUGGGGCCUUCAUCGCUUGCGACACCAACUCUUCCGCUCCCGAAUCCAACCGCAAGGCAUGGGGUGACCGUGUCGCCAUUUGUGAGAAGGAAGGAUCUACCGAUCCAGAUACCAAGGAGCCCAUUGUCGGCGAAGAGUUGGCCGAGCUAACCACCCGUCGCUGGUUCGUGCCGGAAUCAUACCAGACCCAGCCCGAGGUCCUUGCGCCCGUCAAGGAGGCGGUGCGCACCAACAGCUUGAAGGGAUUUGCCCAUAGCGUGCAGGCCCUCUGUGCCUACGAUAUCCGGGAGCGUAUGGCUGCUGCCACUGUACCAGGUCUGUUCGUCGCCGGAGCCAACGACGGUGUCCUGCCCCAGACAAUGCAGAAGAUGGCCGCAGAUCUACGUGGUGGCGCUGAUCUCAAGAUCAUCGACCGUGCUGGCCAUCUGCCUAUGGUGGAGCAGCCUGUGGCAUUCGCGGAAGUUGUGACUGAGUUCCUCAGCAAAAUAGAUGGUUGA